GCCAGGCUAUCUUUGAUGCUUGGUCCUGUGCUUUCUCAGCAGCCUAAACCUUCACAAUCAGGCAGGAGGCUUUGUUGAGCUUGUGCUUGGCAACACAGGAUUCCUCUAAUAUGAAUCCUGGAAAGAGUCCAAAGCACUGGAGCCCUUUGGGAGCCAUCCUAAUGAAGCAAGGCUCAGAAAGCCCAUACUGGGGCAAUGAGAGCAGAGGGGAAGGGACUGCAUACAUCACGGCUUUAUCUAAGAUAUUCUACUGAAUCCUCAGGACAAUCCUAGAAGGCAGGAUUUCCAGGAAAGUGUUCAGGCAGGUCUAAUGACCUCUCCUGGACCUAGAGAUUGCAGACACAGAAGUCUCCCCAUGGCUCCUUAUCACAUCCGCAAAUACCAGGAGAGUGACAAUGAAAGUGUCCUGGCCCUGUUCUCCAGUGGGUUGGCUGAGCACAUUCCUGCCACCUUCCGCCAUAUGCUGAUGCUGCCCCGAAUCCUCCUCUUCUUACUUGGAGUGCCCCUCACUCUACUCCUGGUCACUGGCUCCUGGCUCCUGACCAUCGUGUCCAUCUUUACCCUACUUGUUUUCCUGAGGUUGCUUGCUAAUUUUCCCUGGAAGAUUCAUGAGGCCUUGUGUUUGCGCACAGACCUGGCUGACAUCACCAAAUCCUACAUGAGUGCAUGUGGCUCCUGCUACUGGGUGGCUGAGUGUGAAGGGAAGGUGGUGGGCACAGUAAGUGCUCUCCCAGUUGCAGACCCUCCUUUGGGGAAGAAGCAACUGCAGCUGCUUCACCUCUCGGUGGCCGUGGAACACCGAGGUAAGGGGAUGGCAAAAGCCCUUGUCAGGACCCUCCUCCAAUUUGCCCGGGAUCAGGGCUACAAUGAAAUUUUCAUUGAGACUACCAAGAUGCAUUAUAGUGCCCUGGCCCUCUACCAGGGUAUGGGCUUCCAGAAGACAGGUCAGUCUUUCUACGGUAUGAUUUGGAAGAUAUUGGCUAUUCCUAAAAUUGAUUUAACAUACCCUCUCCCUUCUGCUCAGAAAGAGGGAUUGUGAUCUAUUUCUCUGUGUAUCAGUCAGGAUCUGAUCAUCUACUCUAGUACCAAGCAACCCCUGACAUUUCGGUUAUAUAAACAAUAAAAGUUUAUUGCUCUUGUACAUCUGAAUCCAACAGGUUGGAUAGUGGGUGUGGGCACCGGGAUCUUUCUUCCAGUCAUUUUAGAUUGU